UAGUGUUAAAUAAUCACUUUUACUGUAAAUUAAAACUUAAAUUCCAUAAUGUACGUAUAGUAAUUUUUCAUUUUGUUUAAUAUGGACAAGUUCAAAUAUAUUCAAAUUGUUUUAUUCAGUUUCUUAAUAUUAAAAGAAUCGAGUACAAACUCUUUACAAAAUGAAAAAAAAUGUUCACCACCUUUACAGGCGAAAAAUGAACAAUUUCCUUACAUAGUGUUUAUAAGAAUUCAUUCAAAUGGAAAAAUAUUAUGUCCAGGCACAUUGAUCGAUGUGAAUUGGGUGAUAACCUCUGCGUAUUGUAUUAAUACUACAGGAAGCAUUCCAUUGAAUAGUAUUGAAAUUGCAAUACGAAAUAAUAAAACUCAUGAAACCAUUUUGAAACCGAGACAAGUUGUAGAAACAAAAUACAACGAUGUAGCAUUAAUUGAGAUAGAACGAUCAAUUAUUACCAAUAAUAUGAUGGUAACACCUAUUCAAUUAGCCAAUGAAGAUCUAUCAAAUAAUACAGAAUGCUUUGUGGUCAGCCUUCAAAAACAGUCAAAUAAUGAUUCAUCACUCAUAUAUUGGAACGUGGUUAAUAUUUUAAAACAAAAAUAUGAUAAGAGCGAAUGGUACUUAGAAGAUACGAUUUGUCAUUCACAAAUAUGGAGUUUAUUACAGAACAUAACCGAUAAUGGAACUCCUUUGAUCUGUAAUAAUCAUCUAUAUGGUAUAUACUCAAUCAAUGAGCCUAAUUUAUUCAAUAACAUUUUGAAGUACAAUAAUUGGAUUAAAAAUAUAAUCAAUCCAAUCUCUCCAAAUAAAAAAAAAAUAUAUACAGCAAAUUCUGUUGUUAAUUAUAAUUCAGUGUCUGAUACAAAUUCAAUAGUAACAGAAAUCGAUACGAAUAAUAUGUCUUCACCAAACACUGAAGAUAAACAAAUUUCUUCAAAACCAACAUCCACGCAAAGUAGCUAUACUCGAGAAAAAAGUAGGAGCAUCAUGAUGUACGGUGAAUAUAAUUCCAUAAGUACGGACCUCACUGAAAUAGAAGAUACAAAAAGGACCCAGUCUGCUGAUCCGUACUUAAAAGACAAUGAAGAAACUCCAACUUAUUUAACUGAUAUAACAGAGUUGGAUGAACUUACUUCUUCAAUAUUCCCAACACAAUCAUAUUCUUCUACUACUAUUAUUGAAUCAUCGACCACAGAAAAAUCUACUUCAAACAAGAAUCCUCUAACGUCUCUAGCUAGAGGAAUAAGUUACCAGAAAACCGAAGACGCUGAAGAAACCUUGGAUAAACUUAGUUUGGAAUCUUUUACUGAAGAAACAAAAAAAAUCAAAGAAAUUGAAUAUACCCAAGAAACCAUAGAAACUGAAGAUACCCCGGAUAAACCUAGCUCUGAAACUCCUACUGAAGAAACAGAAAUAACCGAAGAAAUCAUAGAAACUGAAGAAACGCCAGAUAGACCUAGCUCUGAACCUCCUAUUUCUCAAUCUUCAACCACAGAGAAAUUUACUACGAGUCCAAAUCCUUCUACGACUAUAACUGGAGAAACAGAAAAAACUGAAGUAACCAAAUAUACCAAAGAGACUGAAGACACUGAAGAAACAACGGAUAAACCUAGUUCUGAACCUCCUACUGAAGAAACAGAAAUAACCGAAGAAAUCAUAGAAACUGAAGAAACGCCAGAUAGACCUAGCUCUGAACCUCCUAUUUCUCAAUCUUCAACCACAGAAAAAUUUACUACGAGUCCAAAUCCUUCUACGACUAUAACUGGAGAAACAGAAAAAACUGAAGUAACCAAAUAUACCAAAGAGACUGAAGACACUGAAGAAACAACGGAUAAACCUAGUUCUGAACCUCCUACUGAAGAAACAGAAAUAACCGAAGAAAUCAUAGAAACUGAAGAAACACCAGAUAGACCUAGCUCUGAACCUCCUAUUUCUCAAUCUUCAACCACAGAGAAAUUUACUACGAGUCCAAAUCCUUCUACGACUAUAACUGGAGAAACAGAAAAAACUGAAGUAACCAAAUAUACCAAAGAGACUGAAGACACUGAAGAAACAACGGAUAAACCUAGUUCUGAACCUCCUACUGAAGAAACAGAAAUAACCGAAGAAAUCAUAGAAACUGAAGAAACACCAGAUAGACCUAGCUCUGAACCUCCUAUUUCUCAAUCUUCAACCACAGAGAAAUUUACUACGAGUCCAAAUCCUUCGACGGCUAUAACUAGAGAAACAAAGUAUACCGAAGAAACUGAGUAUACCAAAGAAACCAUGGAAACUGAAGAUACCCCGGAUAAACCUAGCUCUGAAACUCCUAUUUAUCAAUCUUCAACCACAGAGAAAUUUACUACGAGUCCAAAUCCUUCGACGACUAUAACUGGAGAAACAGAAAAAACCAAAGAAACUGAAUAUACUGAAGAAACAGAAUAUACCGAAGAAACUGAAUAUACUGAAGAAACUGAAUAUACCGAAGAAACUGAAUAUACCGAAGAAACUGAAUAUACCGAAGAAACUGAGUAUACCGAAGUAACAGUAUAUACCGAAGAAACUGAGUACACCAAAGAAACCAUGGAAACUGAAGAAACCCCGGAUAAACCUAGCUCUGAAACUCCUAUUUAUCAAUCUUCAACCACAGAGAAAUUUACUACGAGUCAAAAUCCUUCGACGACUAUAACUGGAGAAACAGAAAAAACCAAAGGAACUGAAUAUACCGAAGAAACUGAAUAUACCGAAAUAACUGAAUAUACCAAAGAAACUGAAUAUACCGAAGAAACUGAAUAUACCGAAGAAACUGAAUAUACCAAAGAAACUGAAUAUACCGAAGAAACUGAAUAUACCCAUGAUAACUCUGAUACUCCUGCUACUCAAUAUUCAACCAUAAAAGUAUCGACUUUAAACCCAAAUCUUUCCACGACUACAAUCGAAGAAACUGAAGGAACAGAUAUUACAAAAGAUGAUCCAUUAGCAACUAGCACUACAGUUACUGAUAGAACUAAACAAACGUCACAAACAGAUACAUCAGUAACUUACUAUGAUGCUCCAACAACAACCACAAUUAUACCCUCUACUACUACUACAAAUCAGUCAUCCCUAGAAUCAAAUACAACACUUUCCGACUAUGACGAUGAUUCAAAUACAACGACAACGACCACUAUGCCUACAACAACCAGGAUAAUCACAGCAGUCACAUACGAUAUUUCUGAACCCAAAGAAUCUUCAACAUUUGUGGACGAGCAAUAUCAAGAUAAAUCGAGUUCCCAAAUAACAUCUAUUCAUACAAGUUUAAUAGCAGUUGUAUUUUGUAUCGUAUAUCACACCAAUUUGUAAUUUAUUCAUACUUAAUUGAUUUUAAUUUGUACAGAGCCUAAAAACUUAUAAAUAAUUAAAAAUUAGACGACGAUACUUCAAAUAAAUCGAUUUCAAACUUUAAUGAUUUUAAAUAAAUCGUGAUAUUUUUUCAAUAAAUAAAACCAAAAUUAAACAUA